AGAGCGUCAAGAGCAGAGAGAGCCUGGGCUCUGGGCUAGGGUUGCCUGACUUAAAGGAGCAGGCUCCCCAUUCCACCAGCCCCUCUAAACUGCCCCCUCCAGGCCUCCUUGAUCCCCGUCUCCCGGUCUGAGGACCUCUGCCUCCUGCAGCCACCACUGGGUCCCUCUGAGCGGUCCAUGCGCACACUCUCAGGAUGAACUGCAUGUCAGAUUUCUUCACCUACGAGACCACCAAGUCUGUGGUUGUGAAGAGCUGGACCAUUGGGAUCAUCAACCGGGCCGUUCAGCUUCUCAUCAUCUCCUACUUUGUGGGGUGGGUUUUCUUGCACGAGAAGGCGUACCAGGUGCGGGACACAUCCAUUGAGUCCUCCGUGGUAACCAAGGUGAAGGGCUUUGGACGCUACGCCAACAGAGUCAUGGAUGUGUCUGACUAUGUGACACCACCCCAGGGCACCUCCGUCUUUGUCAUCAUCACCAAGAUGAUCGUCACUGAAAACCAGAUGCAAGGGUUCUGCCCAGAGAGCGAGGACAAGUACCGCUGUGUAUCAGACAGCCAGUGCGGGCCCGAGCGCUUCCCAAGUGGGGGGAUCCUCACCGGCCGCUGCGUGAAUUACAGCUCCGAGCUCCGCACCUGUGAGAUCCAGGGCUGGUGCCCUGCCGAGGUGGACACGGUGGAAACGCCGGUCAUGAUGGAAGCCGAGAACUUCACUAUUUUCAUCAAGAACAGCAUCCGUUUCCCCCUCUUCAACUUUGAGAAGGGAAACCUCCUGCCCAAUCUGACUGCCGCCGACCUGAAGACCUGCCGCUUCCACCCUGACCAGGCCCCCUUCUGCCCCAUCCUGCGGGUGGGGGAUGUGGUCAAGUUCGCGGGGCAGGAUUUUGCCAAACUGGCCAGCACGGGCGGGGUUCUGGGCAUUAAGAUUGGCUGGGUGUGCGACCUGGACAAGGCCUGGGAGCAGUGCAUCCCCAAAUACUCCUUCACCCGGCUGGACAGCGUUUCUGAGAAGAGCAGCGUCUCCCCGGGCUACAACUUCAGGUUUGCCAAGUACUACAAGUUGGAGAAUGGCAGCGAGUACCGCACGCUCCUAAAGGCUUUUGGCAUCCGCUUCGACGUGCUGGUGUACGGGAACGCAGGCAAGUUCAACAUCAUCCCCACCAUCAUCAGCUCCGUGGCAGCCUUCACCUCCGUGGGAGUGGGGACUGUCCUCUGUGACAUCAUCCUGCUCAACUUCCUCAAGGGGGCCGACCAAUACAAAGCCAAGAAGUUUGAGGAGGUGAACGAGACGACGCUGAAGGUCGCUGCCUCGGCCAACCCAGUGUUCCCCAGCGACCAGACCCCGGAGGAGAAGCAGUCCACUGAUUCAGGGGCCUUCUCCAUCGGCCACUAGGGCCUCCCCCCAGGGCCUCACACUCACUGCUGGGCUCCAGGCCUCCCAACAGAGGACCCCACCGGGCAAGAAGGAUGGGAGAGGGAGGGCUCUCCUUUCUGCUGCUCAUCCCAUGAGGCCACAGCUGGAAGGUGACUGGGUCUCCCAGUGCCCCCUACUGAGACUUCACUCUCACCUUCACCCCUUGCCUGGCCCCUGUCUGCUUGCCAGGACCCCUGGGGCAGCAGCACCUGAGUCUUCCCCUUUCCAAAGAAUAGAGAGAAUAAUAGUAAUAAUGAGUGCCUGCCAAGUGCCCGGCACUUCACACACACUAUCUUAUUUAAUCCUUAGAAUAAUCCCAUGACGUAGAUAUUAGGUUCCCCGUUUAGAAGAUAAACUGAGGCUCAGAGAGACUGAAUCCUUUGCCCAAGAUUACACAGCCAGGCAGCAAGAGAGCUGGGAUUUGAACCCAGGUCUCCAUUGCCCACACCUCACAAGAGGAAGGGCACUCCCACGGGCGUCCCCUGCUGCUUCAGCCUCCUCCACCCUGACCAAGGUUAGGUUCAGCUUAAUAAAAAGUAAGCCCCAGGCUGGCCCCAGGAACUUGGGCCCUAUUUGAGGGGAGACCAGUGAGACUGGUGUGAGUUCUCUUUCUCUGACUCAGGUGGGUCCCCAAAUGAGAAGGAAACAGGAGGCGUGACUGUCGGUGAAUUUUCCUUACCUCACCCCACAGCUCUGUCCCCACACCAGGGCCAUUCUUGUUCUCUCUCCGGGACCCUAGACGUACCCACACACAUCUGGACCCCUCACUGCAGGAGCCGGAUUUGGCCACCCCGGUGGGAAGGGAUUCCUGGACCUGAGGCCCUGCUCCGGGAGGUCAGCCGUCCUCCUUGAAAAUGCUGGUGAAAAGACCCCAGUGAGCCCCAGUUCCCUGCGAGCAGCUGGUCAGCCAGGCCUGCCCCCACAGGGUCCU